CGGUGUUUGCGCGAGACAGCCCCUUCCUGCUCCCCCGCCGGUCCGCCCGCCUUCCACCCCUCUCCCCGCCCGGCCUCCCCCGCCGUCCCCCGCGGGCCCCCUCCGCGCAGGGAUACUAUGCUCUCCGGAGAUGGACGCCCCCGGUGCAGGAUAUGCUUUUGAAUACCUUAUUGAAACAUUGCAUGACAGUUCACGUAAGAAGUUCUUCAAUGUACCUAGACUUGGAGGCACCAAGUAUGAUGUUCUGCCUUACUCAAUACGGGUCCUGUUGGAAGCUGCUGUGCGGAACUGUGAUGGUUUUUUAAUGAAAAAGGAAGAUGUCAUGAACAUUUUAGACUGGAAAACCAAACAAAGUAAUGUCGAAGUGCCCUUUUUUCCUGCCCGUGUUCUUCUUCAAGAUUUUACUGGAAUACCAGCAAUGGUGGAUUUUGCUGCUAUGAGGGAGGCAGUAAAAAUUCUUGGAGGUGACCCGAGAAAAGUUCACCCUGCCCGUCCGACGGAUCUCACAGUUGACCAUUCUUUACAGAUCGACUUCAGUAAAUGUGCAAUACAGAAUGCUCCGAAUCCUGGAGGUGGUGACCUACAGAAAGCAGGAAAGCUCUCUCCGCUCCGAGCGCAGCCCAAGAAGCUUCCCUGUAGAGGCCAGACCACCUGCCGGGGACCGUGCGAGUCCGAAGAGCCGGGCCGAAACUCAGGAAGAUUUUCUUCGCAGAUUGAGAACACACCCAUUCUCUGUCCUUUUCAUUUGCAACCAGUGCCUGAACCUGAAACAGUGUUAAAAAACCAAGAAGUAGAAUUUGGCAGAAAUCGGGAGAGACUUCAAUUUUUCAAGUGGAGUUCAAGAGUUUUUAAGAACGUGGCUGUGAUCCCUCCUGGAACUGGAAUGGCCCAUCAGGUCAACUUAGAGUAUUUGUCGAGAGUGGUGUUUGAGGAAGACGACCUCCUCUUCCCAGACAGCGUGGUCGGCACAGAUUCUCAUAUAACCAUGGUGAACGGCUUGGGGAUUCUGGGCUGGGGGGUCGGAGGCAUUGAGACUGAAGCGGUCAUGCUGGGUCUGCCCGUUUCUCUUACUCUGCCGGAGGUGGUUGGGUGCGAGUUGAUCGGCUCAUCAAACCCUUUCGUCACGUCCAUAGAUGUUGUGCUUGGCAUCACAAAGCACCUCAGGCAAGUAGGAGUGGCUGGAAAGUUUGUUGAGUUUUUUGGAAGUGGAGUUUCGCAGUUAUCUAUAGUGGAUCGGACCACAAUAGCAAACAUGUGUCCAGAAUAUGGUGCUAUCCUCAGCUUUUUCCCUGUUGACAAUGUGACAUUAAGACAUUUAGAACACACAGGUUUUGACAAGGCCAAACUCGAGUCAAUGGAAACAUACCUUAAAGCUGUGAAACUGUUUCGACACGACCAGGAUAGUUCAGGAGAACCUGCGUACUCCCAGGUGAUCCGGAUUCGUCUGAAUUCAGUAGUUGCAUCUGUCAGUGGUCCGAAGAGACCUCAGGAUAGAGUUGCUGUGACGGACAUGAAACGCGAUUUCCAAGCUUGCUUGAAUGAAAAGGUGGGAUUUAAAGGCUUCCAGAUUGCAGCGGAGAAGCAGAAGGAUAACGUCUCUAUUCGUUAUGAAGGAAGUGAGUACACCCUGUCUCACGGCUCUGUGGUCAUGGCCGCGGUCACCAGCUGCACCAACAACUGUAACCCGUCCGUCAUGCUCGCCGCAGGUCUCCUGGCUAAGAAAGCCGUGGAUGCCGGCCUGCACGUUAAACCGUAUAUAAGGACGAGCCUGUCUCCAGGCAGCGGGAUGGUCACACAUUACCUCAGCUCCAGUGGCGUGUUACCGUACCUCAGUAAGCUCGGAUUUGAAAUUGUUGGCUACGGAUGCUCAACGUGUGUGGGGAACACAGCACCCUUGUCGGAAGCAGUUCUCAGUGCAGUCAAGCAGGGUGAUUUGGUUACUUGUGGAGUUUUAUCCGGAAACAAGAAUUUUGAAGGUCGUCUCUGUGAUUGUGUUCGUGCCAAUUACCUUGCCUCCCCACCCUUGGUGGUGGCUUACGCCAUAGCGGGCACGGUGAACAUAGACUUCCAGACGGAGCCUCUAGGCACUGACGCUGCUGGCAAGAGUGUUUACCUGCAGGACAUCUGGCCCACCAGAGAGGAGGUCCAGCAGACGGAGGAAGAGCGCGUUACACCGUCCAUGUUUAAAGCACUGAAAGAGAAAAUGGAGAUGGGAAACAAGCGUUGGAAUUCCCUGGAGGCACCAGACUCAGUGCUGUUUCCUUGGGACUUGAAGUCCACGUACAUCAGAUGUCCUUCAUUUUUUGAUAAGCUUACCAAAGAGCCAGGUGCCCUGCAGCCCAUUGAAAAUGCACACGUCCUCCUGUUUCUGGGGGACGCAGUCACCACAGACCACAUAUCGCCCGCGGGGAGCAUCGCCAGGAGCAGCGCCGCUGCCAAGUACUUGACGAACAGAGGCCUUACUCCUCGCGAGUUCAACUCCUACGGGGCCCGCAGAGGCAACGACGCCGUGAUGACAAGAGGCACGUUCGCGAAUAUCAAGCUGUUUAAUAAGUUCCUUGGGAAACCAGCUCCCAAAACAAUUCAUUUCCCGUCGGGACAGACGCUUGACGUGUUCGAGGCGGCCGAGCUGUACCAGAAGGAAGGUAUCCCCCUGAUCAUCUUGGCAGGGAAGAAAUACGGUUCCGGAAAUUCCAGAGACUGGGCUGCCAAAGGGCCUUAUCUGCUGGGUGUGAAAGCUGUUUUGGCUGAAAGUUAUGAAAAAAUUCACAAAGAUCAUUUGAUUGGAAUUGGCAUAGCGCCACUGCGGUUCCUUCCGGGAGAGAGUGCAGAUUCCUUGGGCCUCUCCGGCAGAGAAACGUUUUCUCUAGCAUUUCCCGAAGAGCUGUCUCCUGGAGUUACAUUAACUAUGAAGACGAGCACUGGGAAAGUAUUCAGCGUGAUUGCUUCGUUUGACAGUGACGUGGAGGUGGCGUUAUACAAACACGGAGGACUAUUAAACUUUGUGGCACGAAAAUUCUCAUAGUCUCUACUCCACACGGACACCCUUUCAGAACUGGUAGCUGCGAGUAAAGCCUUUUGUGCUGGCCCCGGGGCUCCCCGCCUGCCGCUGCAGACGGUCCCAUGCGCUCACCGAUCUCACCACGGGUGUAAAUGGUUAUGAAUCAACGUAGGGACUGAAAUGAAAUCUUUCUGAUUUUAAAUAAUAUACGAAUGGUGCUAUUAACCAUGCUCAAAUCAACGUGUGAGGUGUGCUGUGGGAGAGGCCUCUAAGUACAGGGGCAUUUUAUCAGACCAUUUUGUAAAUAAAGACAGAAUUUGAACUUGUGUUGAAGAUUCUUACAUGAAUAACCUUCCUGAAGUUGUUUAGUUUCGCACCUGUAAACUGUGUACUACUGUUUGUUGGUUUAAGACUAGCAGGUUGGAAUCGAGAAGCUGAGUCAGACUCUAAAAUUGUGGCAGUUGGAAUCUGAUUUACAAAUGGACUUUCAGACCUGAGCUGGACAUGGUCAACAUUCACAGUUUAUAAUAGAAGCUGGGGUGAUCCUAGUGGCCGUCUAACUGCGGGGGCUCAGCGCUCCCCCAGACACAGUCCUCGUGUCCCGUUGGGCCCAGGUCCCUCCACACGCGGACACGGGGCUUGGGUGUGUGAACACACAUGUCCCAUCGUGUUCAGUAAUUAGCUCCCGUCAGCCUCAAAUGGUGUUCUGGCAGUGGGAUUCAAUCAUUUUGCUCACUUGAUGUGAUACUGUUGCUUCCUAUAACCUAUUAUUUUAGGUAUCAUUAACCAAAAUUCCACUCUUUUCUAGUUGCUAAAGAGAACUGAAUCAUUAAAUGCUACGAUGAUUUCCUCUAGACUUUUAAAUCACCCACCCUAAAUUAUGUGGUUGCUGCUCAACUCGAAGCAUUUUUUAAAUGUUAGUUAUUUCUUAAUUAUUUAAAAUUGAUUUUCUGUCACUUUGAAUCCUUAUUUUACCUGGAAUGCAUGAUUCUAUUAAUUACAUUUUUGUUUUAACCAAAGCUAUCAGGAUAAAACACUGAGAUUGUUGCUGUCCGGAAAGCUGCUUUCUCCACACACCUGUCUACUCACCGCAGCAAGUGUUCUGUCAACAAGGUGUUUGGCAAAUGUUAAGAAAAAGGUUGGGAAAUUAAUUUGAGAAGGUCCCAUGCCUUUUUUUAAAUUAAGAAAUUAAACUUAGCAGCCAAAAGGUUAGUUAUAGAGAUUUUUGUCCAUGUGGAGAGCUUCCUCUGACCCAGCCGGUCUGUGGCAGCUUGGCCAGCCCAUGUCACACCGGAGGGAGGAUUGUGCUGCUGGAUCGUGGCCGGAACCACCGGCGCUGGGGGUGUGGACUGCUAAGAGCUCCGCACAGAAGCGCACACAUGGGCUCUGUCUUCUGGAAGUCGUCUGCAAGUCUGUGUUCAGACAAUCACGUGGACUGGAGUCUGAGAACAUGAUUUCCCUUCUUCUUUCAAAUUGUUUGGACUCUUUUCUGUGGUACUUUCACGCUGUAUUUUUGAUGUGUUGUUACGCCUGUGUAUCUGUCCUGCGUAUGUUUAAUUCACAUGAAAACAUGAAUUAGAAGAGUCGCGAGUCGAAUGGUAACAUCCCUGUUGCAUGCUUGGCAGAGGUGGUGGCUCCAGACCGUCUGCCUGGGGACACGUCUGUGUCAUCCGUGGCCGUGGGUGUCGGCUCCAAACAGCCAGGCCAGGAGGCUGGGCCGGUGCGGUCCCUGUCCCUGGUCCAGCACCAGGACAUGCCGGCCUCUGGCUCCUGCACAACGGAGACAGUGGAGCAGAGAGCUUGGCCACGGCUGGUGUCAGAGGAACGAGUUCGGCUGUGCGCCCUAGUGGGUGCCGUCCGCUCCCGCCUCGGGCCGAGCGCUCUGUGUGCAGAGAGGUAACAUCUCUGGCUUUCAUUUCAUUGACUCUUUCCGGGUCAUUGGGUGUUGAAAAAGAUGCACAAUACUGUGGAAAGGAAGUAUAGUAGGCACACGAGCGAAGCAAGUGAGUUUUGUAGUUCAGGUGCAACUUCAGAGGUGUUACCAACAGUAGCAUUCUUCUCAUCUUAAGAAAAUGAUGCCGCCUGCUGCGGCUAUGUCUGCUGCCUUCAGCAUCGCUGUCCCUGCACAAGGAGACGACUGGGGCUUCCGUCCCCCUGUGGAGUAGCAGCAUUACAGCUGAGAGUGUCCAUGGCGACAGUGGUGGUCAGUUUCCCCAUCGCCGUGGCUGUUCACAGGAGGAGCGCGUCCGCCUUCUUGGUGGCGGGUGACAGGAUGUGGAGACGCGAUGGGACUGACAGUUGUAUGUGGUGGUAGUAAAAGGCACCUGUCUUUGCCUUUAGGUGUAGGAGAGGUGCUCAGAUACUGGAUGUUGACUUGGAGGAACAAAGGCGGGAGCAGGAGGACUUGGGCUUUUUCCCCUGAAGUGUGAUAGUGCCGAUGUUUCUAUCAAUUUUACAAAUAAUAUAUGACUACGAAACCAUGUAUCUCAAGUAACUAUAAAUCAUUGUCUAUUAUUUAAAGCCAACAAAACAGUGUAACAGUUUUAAGUUCAAUAAUGUUAAGUAUUGUAUAAAAAUAUAUUGGAGGCAAAGUUCAGUUGAUGACAAUUGUGUAUAUGUUAUUGAUGCUGUAAAUUAUUUUUAAUAAAGAAAAUUGUAUUAUCACAUA